CGCUUCUCCUCCAUUAGAUAAAGAGCGAGGAGUCGGUCACCAUGGUGUAACGGGUGUCGUUGAACUAGACCUACAGUAUGGCACGCCAAACCAACCAUUAGACCAAGAGGAAAUCCUUGUGGUCUGAGGGCGACAUUUCGGCCUCCGUCUCUCAGGCAGGACUGCCUUAUCACGAGGGCGUAAAUUCCAAAUCGCGCCCACCGCAAUGGCAACCCCGGCACCCCCACCAGUGCCUCUGACGGUCCUGUCUCGCUGGUACCUGUACGCCAUCCACGGCUACUUCUGCGAGGUCAUGUUCACCGCCGCCUGGGAGUUCGUGGUCAACCGCAACUGGAAGUUUCCUGGUGUGACCAGUGUAUGGGCUCUGCUAAUCUACGGGACCUGCAUCCUCAUCGUGGAGCACAUGUACCUGGCCCUCCGAGCUCUCCAAUGCCCCCUGCUGCUGCGAUGCCUCAUCUAUACCCUAUGGACGUAUAUCUGGGAGUUCGGUACAGGGCUGUUGUUGACCCAGUUCGACGCCUGUCCCUGGGAUUAUUCCCAUUUUCAGUAUAACUUUAUGGGGCUGAUCACAGCGGAGUACGCCCUGCCCUGGUUUUGUGCAUCUUUCAUGACGGAGCGACUGGUUAUACGCAACACGCUGCGGUUACGGAUGGACAGGGACAGGGUGGAAGGGGACCAGUCGGAUGCAGGCGGGGGAGGAGGAAGGAAAGUGUGGGGCGAACAAAGAGGAGCCAACUGCUAUCUUAAAUUGGACUGAUCAAAGAACGAGGGCAUUUCCUCAUUUGGGGAAAGUCCGUCUUCCACCCUCGCACCUCUGCCCUCUCUCUUCUGUGACCUGGAAAUAUAAGUGGUCUCGUGGUCGAGGAGUGUGUCAACUUGUUAGUAGAAAAAUGGUAGCCUCCUUUUGGCAAGGAAGCACAAGUGUAUCAUACCUGAGUCCUUUGAGGAAGAGUUUUGAAAUCUGCCAUACCCGCUUUGAAUCAGCAAUUUUUUUCUCAAAGGAGAAAAUCAUGCAAACAUUUAAAAACGAUAUGCUACUUAUCCUUUUAUCUACAACAUGUCUUGCACGACUGGCUACAGUUGUUUUGAUCACUUUAUACAUUUAUUUGGGGAUUUAAAAGUCAUUUGCUUGAUGACUCAUGAUUGGAGAAGGAGAGUCUCAUUUCAUACAAGCGCAUUUUCAUCCACAUUCCCUCUCCUCGCCACCUCUCCACGAUUACCUUGAACCUUUUUCAAAAGGAGGCCAGAGAGGCUGGAGGAGGGAGGACACAGGAGUUGAGCAAGUCCAAUUGAGGAAAGGCCAAUCUGAAUCACUCUGGAAUCCCACUCAAGCACUAAAACAUUGUAUGGAAAUGUAUAAUAUUUUUUUUUAAACGAAAUACAUAAGUACUGUAUUUCUGUAUAGCUUCAAAAGCAAUCUGAAUAAGGUGCUAUAUGCAAUAUGUUCAUAAUUGAUUGUCAUGGAGAAUGAUUUUCUACAGUUAGUGAUAACCCACAAUAUUUGGAAAUGCAUGAGGGAGGUGUUUUGGUUCUGUAUGCAACUGCAGUCUGUUUACUCAUAAGCUAUUUGCCUAUUGAGAAAUGAGGUCUCGGGUAACUUACUCAACAAAUUGUGUGCUAUUUCUACUGUAUAUCUGUUCGAAUCAGGAUUUCUGAUUUUCACGUGAUGUAAUCAUUCACUAUUAGCCAAGGACCUUGUCACCACAAUGAAAGAGCUGCUGCUGCCUUGUGGACUUGACAUGAUACUGCAUCUGAAAGCUUCAUCUGAAGUCUCAAAAAUAGGACUACAGGAGCUGUAUUCCUCCCAGAUAUCUCUUUGGUUUGUCCCUAUUAAUGGCCCUUGCUUUAUGGCCUCUGGCACUGUUUUGAUGAUGCAAAAUAAUGUGGAUCUCAAACCACCGAGUGGAUUCAAAAGCAAUACAUUAAAGGCCCAAUGCAGCCGUUUUUUUAAUUUAUCUCAAUAUCAAAUAAUUUCUGUGUAACAAUUAAGUGCCCUACUGUGAUCGCUUUCAAUUAAAAUGGUCAAAAAAAAUCUAAACAAGCUUCUUAGUAAAGGAGUAUAAAAGGGUCAAUUUCUCAAGCAAGAAUUUAGAUAGGACUGUAAUGGGAGUGGUCUAAGUGGGGAGGGGAAAACUGAAAACUAGCUGUUAUUGGCAGAGAUUUGCAACUCUCUUUCUUAUUGGUUUAUUAACUAAUUUACCGCCUAGUGAUGUCACGAUGGAGGGCCAGAACUCUAUACGGUGAGUGUUCAAAACAGGAACACCUUCCUAAUAUUGAGUUGCACCCCCUUUUCCCCUCAGAACAGCCUCAAUUAUUCGGGGUAUGGACUCUACAAGGUGUCGAAAGCGUUGAAAAGGGAUGUUGACUCCAAUGUUUCCCACAGUUGUGUCCAGUUGGCUGGAUGUUCUUUGCGUGGCGGACCGUUCUUGAUACACACGGGAAACUGUUGAGUGUGAAAAACCCAGCAGCGGUGCAGUUCUUGACUCAACCCGGUGCGCCUGGCACCUACUACUGUACCAUACCCCGUUCAAAGGCACUUAAAUAUUUUGUCUUGCCCAUUCACCAUCUGAAUGGCAAGCAUACACAAUCCAUUUCUCAGUUGUCUCAAGGCUUUAAAAUAAUGAUUUAACCUGUCUCCUCUCCUUCAUCGACACUGAUAGAAGUGGAUUUUACAGGUGACGUAACAGGGAUCAUAGCUUUCACCUGGAUUCCGCUGGUCAGUCAAUCAUGUUCCCUAUGUUUUCUACGCUCAAUGGAAUGUUUGUUUCCUGUAUAUUUGAUUGUGAUAUGUGGUUGUCUCUUAUUCAUCUUAAGAUGAAUGCACUUGGUGUAAGUCCAUCUGCUAAAUGACUCAAAUGUCAAAUGUCAAAUGUUUUACAUACAGAUCUCUUAUUACUGUAUAGAAUCAUUUUCAACAACUUCUGUUUAAAUACACUGCAUUCGGAAAGUGUUCAGACCCCUUGACUUUUUCCACAUUUUGUUACAUUACGGCCUUAUUUUAAAAUUGAUUAAGGAGAUUUAUCCCCUCAUCAAUCUACAUACACUACCCCAUAAUGACAAAGCAAAUACAGGUUGUUAGAAUUUUUUGCUAAUUUAUACAACAAAAACAACUGAAAUAUCACAUUUACACAAGUGUUCAGACAUUUUAUUUAGUACUUUGUUGAAGCACCUAUGGCAGCGAUUAGAGCAUUGAGUCUUCUUUGGUAUGACGCUACAAGCUUGGCACACCUGUAUUUGGGGAGUUUCUCCCAUUCUUCUCUGCAGAUCCUCUCAAGCUCUGUCAGGUUGGAUGGGGAGUGUUGCUGCAUAGCUACAGUUGAAGUCAGAAGUUUACAUACACUUACGUUGGAGUCAUUAAAACUCGUUUUUCAACCACUCUACAAAUUUCUUGAGAGAGUUCCAAACUAUAGUUUUGGCGAGUCGGUUAGGACAUCUACUUCGUGCAUGACACAAGUCAUUUUUCCAACAAUUUUUCCAACAACAGAUUAUUUCACUUAUAAUUCACUGUAUCACAAUUCCAAUGGGUCAGAAGUUUACAUCCACUAAGUUGACUGUGCCUUUAAACAGCUUGGAACAUUCCAGAAAAUUAUGCCAUGGCUGUAGAAUAUUUUGAUAGGCUAAUUGACAUCAUUUGAGUCAAUUGGAGGAGUACCUGUGGAUGUAUUUCAAGGUUUACCUUCAAACUUCGCUUGAAAUCAUGGGAAAAUCUAAAGAAAUCAGCCAAGACCUCCGAAAAUAAAUUGUAGACCUCCAAAAGCAAUUUCCAAAAGCCUGAAGGUACCACGUUCAUCUAUACAAACAAUAGUACGCAAGUGUAAACACCAUGGGACCACGCAGCCGUCAUACCGCUCAGGAAGGAGACGCGUCUCCUAGAGAUGAAAGUACUUUGGUGUGAAAAGUGCAAAUCAAUCCCAGAACAACAGCAAGGACCUUGUGAAGAUGCUGGAGGAAACAGGUACAGAAGUAUCAAUAUCCACAGUAAAAUUAGUCCUAUAGAGACAUAACCUGAAAGGUCUCUCAGCAAGGAAGAAGCCACUGGUCAAAAACCACCAUAAAAAAAGCCAGACUACGGUUUGCAACUGUCCUCUGGUCUGAUAAAACAAAAAUAGAACUGUUUGGCCAUGAUGACCAUUGUUAUGUUUGGAGGAAAAAGGUGGAGGCUUGCAAGCCGAAGAACACCAUCCCAACUGUUAAGAACGGGCAGCAUCAUGUUGUGGGGGUGCUUUGCUGCAGGAGAGACUGAUGCACUUCACAAAAUACAUGGCUUCAUGAGAAAGGGAAAUUAUGUGGAUAUAUUGAAGCAACAUCUCAAGACAUCAGUCAGGAAGUUCAAGCUUGGUCGCAAAUGGGUCUUCCAAAUGGACAAUGACCCCAAGCAUACUUCCAAAGUUGUGGCAAAAUGGCUUAAGGACAACAAAGUCAAGGUAUUGGAGUGGCCAUCACAAAGCCCUGACCUCAAUCCCAUAGAAAAUUUGUGGGCAGAACUGAAAAAGCAUGUGCGAGCAAGGAGGCCUUACAAACCUGACUCAGUUACACCAGCUCUCUCAGGAGGAAUGGGCCAAAAUUCACCCAACUUAUUGUGGGAGCCUACCCAAAACGUUUGACCCAAGUUAAACAAUUUAAAGGCACUGCUUCCAAAUACCUAAUUGAGUGUAUGUAAACUUGUGACCCACUGGGAAUGUGAUGAAUUGAAUAAAAGCUGAAAUAAAUAAUUCUCUCUACUAUUAUUCUGACAUUUCACAUUCUUAAAAUAAAGUGGUGAUCUUAACUGACCUAAGACACUGAAUUGUGAAAAAUGUAUUUGGCAAAGGUGUAUGUAAACUUCCGACUUCAAAUGUAUUUUCAGGUAUCUCAGGAGAUGUUCGAUCAGGUUCAAGUCCGGGCUCUGGCUGGGCCACUGAAAGACAUUCAGUGACUUGUCCCGAAGAUACUCCUGCAUUGUCUUGGCUGUGUGCUUAGGGUCAUUGUCCUUUUGGAAGGUGAACCUUCGCCCGAGUCUGAGGUCCUGAGCACUCUAGAGCAGGUUUUUGUCAAGGAUCUCUCUGCAAUUUGCUCAGCUCAUCUUUGCCUUGAUCCUGACUAGUCUCCCAGUCCCAGCCGCUGAACAACAUCCCCACAGCAUGAUGCUGCCACCACCAUGCUUCACCGUAGGGUUGGUGCCAGGUUUCCUCCAGACGUGAUGCUUGGCAAUCAGGCCAAUGAGUUCAAUCUUAGUUUCAUCAGACCAGAGAGUGGCGCAGCGGUUUAAGGCACUGCAUCACAGUGCUAGAGGCGUCACUACUGACCCUGGUUCGAUCCUGGGCUGUGAUUGGGAGUCCCAUGGAGCGGUGCACAAUUGGCCCAGCGUCGUUAGGGUUAGGCCGUCAUUGUAAUUAAGAAUUUGCUGUCAUGUGCCUUUUAGUGAGGAGUGGCUUCCGUCUGGCCACUCUACCAGGCCUGAUUGGUGGAGUGCUGCAGAGAUGGUUGUCCUUCUGGAAAGUUCCUCCACAGAGUAACUCUAGAGCUGGUGACAAUCAGGUUCUUUUUCACCUCCCUGACCAAGGCCCUUUUCCCCCGAUUGCUCAGUUUGGCCGGGCGGCCAGCUCUAGGAAGAGUCUUGGUGGUUCCAAACUUCAUCCAUUUAAGAAUGAUGGAGGCCACUGUGUUAUUGGGGACCUUCAAUGCUGCAGAAAUGUUUUGGUACCAUUCCCUAGAUCUGUGGCUCGACACAAUCCUGUUUUGGAGCUCUAUGGACAAUUAUUUUCGACCUCAUGGCUUGGUUUUUGCUCUGACAUGCACUGUCAACUGUGGGACCUUAUACAGACAGGUGUCUGCCUUUCCAAUCAAUUUAAUUUCCCACAGGUGGACUCCAAUCAAGUUGUAAAAACAUCUCAAGGAUGAUCAAUGGAAACAGGAUGCACCUGAGCUCAAUUUCGAGUCUCAUAGCAAAGGGUUUGAAUACUUAGGUAUUUCUGUUUUACAUUUUUUAUAAAUGUACCAUUAUUUCUAACAACCUGUUUUCGCUUUGUCAUUAUGGGGUAUUGUGUGUAGAUUUGAUUUAGAUUUUCUUUAUUUACUCCAUUUUAGAAUAAGACAAAAUGUGGAAAAAGUCAAGGGGUCUGAAUACUUUCCGAAGUUUUCCUUCAGACGGCCAGCUCUGUCAUUUGUACAUUUCUUUAUUAAAAAAUGUAGUUAUUUGUUACAUUUGACUUUGUAAAACCUAGCAGUACUCCUUAUUUCUCUUGAGAGUGAGGCGGAUAUAUAUAGCGUUUAGGGAAAAAAAACGUGAUUAUUUGUCUCUGAAAUGAAACCAUCAAGUGAUAGAUUUGAAACAAAUAGAUGUCUGUCAAUGAACAACCCCAUUCUAUGUAGAUAGUGAACAACCCCAUUCUAUGUAGAUAGUGAACAACCCCAUUCUAUGUAGAUAGUGAAAAAAACACACCAAUCUCUUUCAUAAUUUCUUUAAACAGUAAUUGACCAACAUUUCUGAAAAUGCCUAUGUACUGUAGCCUUUUUGGAAUUCAACUUUUCAGUUAUAAAUGAGAACUUACACGUAGUGUGCGUGUGUGUAUGUUUGCAUGUUUAGUGACGCUGGGAGAGAGGCUGUUUCUGAUCUCUCACCACAUAAAUCUAAGACUCAUGCAUGUCAGAAUGUUUUCAGUUGUAAAUCUUCCCAAACCAAGUUGUCUAUUUUCUUGGUUUGAUCAG